AUGAAACCUCCAUCUCAAAAGCGAAAGGCUCCUACAACCUCUACUGCCGCUCCCAAGCGAAGGAAGCAACCCGCUAGAAGGCGAAAGUAUCCUACUCUAAGUCCUUCUCAGAUUGAUGACAAAAACUCAGAUUCUGAGACUGAGUCCGAGAUUCGCAUUGAGGAGGAUCCCCCUAUUCGCAAUGAGGAUGUUGAACCCAUUCACACUGAAGAACAAGAACAAGUUCGCACUGAGCGAGAGGUAACUCCACCAAUUAAUGAAUAUGUUCCUUCUCCUCCUCCCUCACCAAAAACAACUACUUCUGUACUAAUAACCAUUGCUCCGCUCCCUAUAGUAUCAUCCCAAGCACCCACAAUGAUUCUUGUCUCCAUACCCAUUUUCAUAGAUUCCAUGAUUCCACCCCAACCCUCUUCUGCACCUGAAUGUUCAGUCAACGUAUCUGAUACAGGGGCUAAUACUUCAGGUUUUUCAACCCAUGUUACCCCACCCAUCUCUCCUAUUAGUACUGAUGAUCCAAAAAUGUUUUUUGGAGAUGAUGACGAUGAAGAUUUAGAAGCUUUCUCUUUCAGUCCUUUUCAAAUAAGGGUUGAUAAUAACGAUGAUGUCUCUACUUCUAAAGCAGAGUUCAAAUCUAUUCAUGAGAAGCUUGAUCAGUUGCUUCUCACUUCCAGCACUUCUACUUCUGAAGCUUAUUCAAAAGCUGAUGUUGAAGCUAUUCUUGAGCUAGUCACAAAGGAGCAUACUGCUAAUUCCUCUUCUUUCUCUAAGGUAGUUUCUGACUCGGCUGCUGUUUGCAAGGAAACGACUGAAAAAGUCGAUAAACUAAUUACUGAUACAAGGGUAUUUAUGGAUGAAUACCAGGUUACCUACAACAACAACACCUCCACAACAAACAAAGUUAUUCAAAAUGUUGGUGCCAUGUUCAAAGGAGAAAAGACGAGCUUUGUUGAACUUCGCACUGAGUUCAAGUCUGAUCACGAAGCAUUCCAAGCCUCUGUUGAUGCGAAACUCUCAAAGCUUCAGGCAAACUUGGCAAUGGAGACUGAGACCGGUGUUCGCGAUGCUGCACCGUUUGGAGGGUGUUUCGACACCGAUGUUGUUUCCGAAACAAGGGGAGAAGGGAGCUCAAAAGUUCAUACGGAGGAUGUCAAACCCAAAGUCUCAGUUAAACCUCCUGUCAUCAAGCAAGAUCCAAAAAACAAGGAUCCGUUAUUUAGCAACGAAUCAAUCAUUGAUGAUAGUGAAGACGAAGAGCCUGAUGAAGUUGAGCUUAAAAGACAGAAGGCUCGCGAAGCAGAGAUUGACGAACAUGCUCGCAUCGUCAGAGAGGCUGAGGACAAAGAAAGAGCUGAAAAGGAAGCUCAUGCCACUCUUAAAAGUAAAAUGUUGCUUUUUCCAAAAUAG